AGUCACUGACGUCACUGGAGUCUCAGUGGCUGCCGUGACACUGAGCUCAGCUCUUGGACUUCUGAACGUGGUGAGGGAUUCAGAGGGACUCAUCAGUACCGCUCUGUGGGAUGGUUUGGCUGCCACCGGAUCCCCUUCCCCUUAUUUCUGUGUAGAAGAUUUAGAGAGCUGAGCUUUGGUUUGGAGGCAGCUAGCUCCCUGCUGUGCUUGCCGUCAGAAGAUGACUGACUGGUGGCUGAGCUCCUGCCAGAUGACCCCCCAGGACAAAAAGGCUUUAUUUUAAAGGCAAGAGACUGCUUCACAUAAAACAACUCCAAGCUUCCAUGAAACAGUGGAGAGAAAGCAGAGACAAGCAGAAACGCUCCUUCUCUGACACUCUCACGGUCACCAUGGACCUGCAGAAGCAAUGGGAGAACACAGGGACUAACUGGCACAAGGAAAAGAUGGAAUUGCUGGACCAGUUUGACAAUGAGAGGAAAGAAUGGGAAAGUCAGUGGAAAAUCAUGCAGAAGAAGAUAGAAGAGCUUUGCCAGGAAGUAAAGCUUCGGAGGAAGAUGAACAGGAGCGAGCGCGCGAAGGCGGCUGCUCCUGGUCGCGGGAAGGACGCUGGGGACGAGCCGUGGGCAUCUUCUCCAAAGGGGCCCGGUUCAGGACGGCGUGAAGUCGCAGAGGUGGACCACGGUGGGGCUCGGAAAGAAGGACGCGAGACGCAGCAGAGGCCACGCACAGAGGAGGAGGAGGAGGAGCCCGGGAGCGGCUCCGCGGCGGCGGCGGCGGCGGCGGCGCUGGGCUCGGCUCUCGAAGAACUCGCCAAGGUGAGCGAGGAGCUGUGCAGCUUUCAGGAGGAAAUUCGAAAGCGGGCUGGCCACAGAAGGAUGAAGUCCGACUCUUUUCUCCAGGAUGUGCCCAAUGCAAUCAGUGUACCUCAGGGGACCCACUUGAUCAACAAUGGCCAGUACAUUUUUCCAAUCAAUUUAGAGAAAAUGAAACAGAAAAACAGAAAGAAUCUGAGCGGUACUGGUGUGUUCCGAAACAACUCUGUAAAAAGUUGUGGAGUUGGUGCAAUCGAUUUGCAAAGACAUGAAACCCCACCAGUUCCUCCUCCAAGGAGCACAUCUCGAAAUUUGCCCAGCUCAUAUUCUGAACAAGCCCAAGAACAACUGAAAGGAAGUGUUGACCACCUCAGUGGGGUAGCCUGUGGGGGUCACAGUCAAAGAGACAGCCAGCCUCCCUUUCUUUCAAGGCAGCAUGAGCUACCUACAUUGGGUCCAGAUAAAGGGAAGACCAUGGAAGAUAGUGUCAUGUUUUCCUCGUUGACAUCAGAAACACAAAUAGCUAAGAAGCCUCCAGGUAGUGUUAGACAUGGUGUGACCCCAUGUGACAUUGCGAUAGAUGCCACAAAGAGCCCCUCCACUUUGUGGCCUCAGAAUACCUGCUCUCCCCCUAACAAGCCACAGUUUGAAAAUGUGGUUUCAGAUCACCCUGCUAAAUCUCAUCCUGUUCUUCAUGUAAGUAAUGACAGUAGUUCCUCGGUGGCACAGGGCAGUGGCCCACCGAGAAGUUUCAGUUGCGGCUUUGAAAGGACCACAAGAAACGAGAAGCUGGCAACAAAGACUGAUGAGUUUAACAGAACUGUGUUUAGGACAGACAGAAAUUGUCAUGCAACACAGCAAAAGCGAAGCUACUCGCAAUCAUCUGAAGAUAGAAAGCCUUCUGAUAUCUUCGCUCCUCCUGUAGGGGGCAUAUCAGAAAGUGACGAUAUGACUGAUCUGAAAACCAGUGCCCGUGUGCCUGAACCCAGGGAAAAUGUGCCUGAUAACCACACCACGAAUUCCACAGCUGGCCUGGUCAGACAAACGCAGGAACGUAUCAAUUCUGGCAGUUACCGGAACAUGCUUCUCGAGUGUGACUGGAGAGCCAGCAAUUUAUCUGGCCGGCCAAGAUCAGCUGACCCCAGGUCAAAUUAUGGUGUUGUGGAAAAGCUGCUGAAAACAUAUGAGACAUCAGCGGGGCCUGUGCCGUGGGAUUCUAAAUGCUCUCAGGAAAGUUGGCCCAAAGGUGACAGUGACAUCAGUGCUAGUACCACGUCAGGUCAACACUUAGAAGGGAUUCGAGUGGAGCAAGAGUUUCAGUCAACGAUGGCGUGGUGUGGGGGACAGCAAGUGAAGCAAGGAGCAGAUCAGAGAAAGGUGCCAGAGGAAUCUAUGGCUAUGAAAGCCAUGCAGGGAAAAGGAUUUCUGCGCCCUGCUAGGCCAGCACACCGCCGGCCCCCAUCCAGAUGGGCAUCCAGGUCUCCAUCAGCACCCCCUGCCUUGCGGAGAGCUGCCCCCAGCUGCACCAUUUCUCUUCCAGCUGAAACGCCAAUGGUUUAAGUCUGUAGUCUGGAUUACUAGAGCAUGAAAGUUCUAUUCCUGAUUGCCAGACCAAAUGUUCUGAGUGUUUACGGCUAGUCCUGUUCUCUCCUGGAUCUUUCAAGAUUACUAGGACAAACAAUUUAAAUAUUAACUUUCCAUCAGUCUUCAGUGUUUUUAACCUGUGGAAUAAUGAUCUUUUUGUAUUUUUAUUUCUUAGAUCAGAAUUUUUAGUGUCAUAUUCAUUAAUUCCCCUAUAUGAUUUAAGUUGAAACAAUGUACAAUACUGUAUAUUCUAACUUUCUUGCAAGUGGCAGAAAGCAAGGUUAUAUGCAUGGCCAAGUGUUUGUAGAUGCAUGUCUUUCAAUAGAAAGUACUUGUAUGUAUUUAGAUAAGAAAAGCUUAUGUGCUAGUGUUGACUUUGAAAUUAUAAUAUGUACACCUAUAUAUUCUUUGUGUUUAUUUAAAAGUUUUGAAAAUAUACAGUACUAUUUAUAUUUUGUAUACCUUUUAGUAGGUAUCUGCCUAAAAGCAUUCGAAGUUCAUAUAUUAUUAAUCACUUCCUUGACCCACAAGUACAUCGAAAAAUAAGAAUUAUGUAUAUAUCUAACAUCACAGGUUUUCUAAAUACACCUUAUGAAUGACUUCUUAACCUAUUUAUAAGGAUCAACUAAUGCCACUGAUUUACUUGUUUAUUCUUUUAAGUAAGAGUCACAAGUUUAACAGAUGAGCCUUCUAAAGUGAGCAUAAAAUAUUGAUGAAUGCUUUUGUAUAUACCAUGCGGUGGUCUCAGAUGGCUUUAGCUGUGUACUUUUGAUUUUCUGAGCCAGUGUCGUGAGACUGCCUUAUGAACAACAGAACUAAAGAAUGAAUUUGUCAACCUCAGUAAAAAAUAUUCCUUAAAUGGGAUGCAAAAAUCUUUAAAUCACGUUGAAUUUUCCUUUUUUUUUUUUUUUUAAUUGGGGUUUGCUUUAUCUGGAGUCAUACAUAAAGGUAAGUUAUUCCUUUUUCCCUUUCUUAACUUUUCCCCUAAACUAGUAGAAGGACUAAUUCAGGGGUGUUUUUUUUUUAAUUAACAAGGAAGGAAGAUCAGGAAUAAUGUUUCAUUGAGAACUCUGGAUUACAGUAUAUUUCUUAUGGUGUGCUAUCAAAACAGAAAAAAGCCUUAAACUAAAGUUUGGCACCAAUAGUAGCAUAAGGAACAAAAAUGUGCAUCUUGGCUACAAUUUACAUACAGAAAAUGAAUAAAAUUUAUUGAACUGAUAUAAAUAGAAACAUUGAUGGGCUCAGAAUUUUACAGAAGAGCAACUUUUUCACUGCUGUCUCCAUUUACAACAAAUUUUAUUAUGAUGUUAAUUAAAUACUAACUAUAUUUAGGCUUUUCUUUUCUGCCAAAGAUGUCAAGAAAUUCUUGCAUCUGUUGCGAUGAAGGGCCUUCUGCUUAUGAUACUCUAGUGUCUUAUAGGAACUCACUUUAUGAUAAAUCACCUGGAGGCAAAGUAAAUGAUUUGGGAACUGCAGACAGACUUAAAGACACAAGACUGUAGCACGGUGAUGGUUGCAAAUCGGGCUUCACAACAGGAGAAUUCCAGGAGUUAAACUGAGUUGAUUUUCUAGAAUGAGAGUUGGGAUUGGAAGCUACUUAAAGGCUACAGACCACUCUUCUAACUCUAGUUCCUUUCAAGAGACAGCUUUUUCUACAAGAAAUCUAUGAAAGAAAAGGAACCUAGACACAAAGUGGUAGCACCCUAAUUAUGUGCUUGAUCUACUGGAGGGGAGAGGUGCUGGCAGGUGAUACCCUGGACUGUGAAAGAUGGGACAGUUAGGGAAAUCAUGGGGUGCACAGUGGGCUCCAGUGUGUCUCUUCCUUUCUGUUCCUGUGUCCCAGGCAGCCUCACGGCAUCUGUGGUUCCUACCUUUACCUACCCACCGGAAUACUCAGGAUCUCUUUUCUAAAAAAUGCAUUUCCUGGGCUCUUCCCCAUAAUUACUAAAGCAACAUUUCUGGGAGUCGGGACUGAUAUCCUGGUGUCUUUAAUAAAACCAAACCAAAGUAAUGCAAAGUAUUUGAUGAGCAGCCAGAUUUGCAAGCAAUGAUUUGAACGGAUAUCCGAACUGAUAGUCAUCCUGGUUGGUCGUUUUCUUCCCUGAGACCUACCUUUGUGACCCAGAAACAAAAAGACUCAUUCACUAAACUUCACACUGUUAAUCCCUUUUCCUUUAUCAUCUGAAUGAACAACCAGGACCAUUUUAACAUCCUAUGUUGACUACAAUUAUACAAUAUUGAAUCUGAAAAAAUGAGUAUCACAUCCAAACCCCUGAAUGCAAAAUGAAAGGUCUGUGUUCUUCUUUUAAAUAUUUUAAUUCUAAUUGAAAAACGUAUCAGGUAAAGGGAAACUAUCCUUUCAAACGUUUUCACUGUAUUGUGAUUUGUAACUCAUAAAUUUUCUACUUGAGAUCAGUAUUUUCUUCCCCAAGUUUACCUUUCAUGGUCCGAUCAUGGCUGGACUUAAGGGAUUUAUUGAUAUUUAUAGAAACUUUUAAGUACCCCUGUUUAUAGCUGUUUUCCCUAGAAGAAUGCUGGGAGGACAAUCUUACAUUAUUUCACAAAGAGUUACUGAUAUUAUCAGCUGAGCUGAGGACAAAGCAAGAAUGAAAUAGGAACCUGCUGACUUCCUGUGUGUGCCGUGGGCCUCCUGCUCUCCCGGAAGUGCUCCACACAGCCUCGCGUCCCAGAGCCAGGGUAAGACGUAGAUGAUGCUCACGUAGUUCACCGCUUGAAAACCUGUGUACAAUCUUCACUUGGUUUUACGUGGAGACAGUAAAGACGCCCUUUCCUUUGGCCGGUGUUACCCUGAAAUAUGAUUUAUUUCAGUUGUGGUGAUUCAACCUGGGUCCCUAUCCUUUUGGCCUAAGAAAAGGAUCUGGUUCCCUGGAAAGAUCUCUAAAAUUAUUUCUAGGCACACUUGCUAAUCAACAGUUACUUGAUAUUGAAAUCUCCUUC